UCGUGGUGUGUCUGUCCCACUGGAACCACACUUACUGUCAGGAACACCGGGAAUAUAUACCUGUCCCCAAACAUGGAAUUAACACAGUGACACAUACAAUCAGUUUUAUAUUUUAUUUUCGAUUACUAAGAGUGUGUGUAACCUACUGUAUUUUGGAUCGAUAUUUCUACGAACACAAACUACAUUUGUAGAUUGCGAAUAUGAAAAUGGAAAUCCGACGGAUCAGGAAAGUGUGGGCGAUAUCUGUUGUGUUCGCGAUUAUGAUUCUGACUACAACAGUAGAGACAACUACAGCCACGACAACAACAGCAGAGACAACUACAGCCACGACAACAACAGCAGAGACAACUACAGCCACGACAACAACAGCAGAGACAAACACAGUCGCGGCAACAACAGCAGAGGCGACUACAGCCGCGGCAACAACAGCAGAGGCAACCACAGUCGCGGCAACAACAGCAGAGGCGACUACAGCCGCGGCAACAACAGCAGAGGCAACCACAGUCGCGGCAACAACAGCAGAGGCAACUACAGCCGCGACAACAACAGCAGAGGCAACCACAGUCGCGGCAACAACAGCAGAGGCAACCACAGUCGCGGCAACAACAGCAGAGGCGACUACAGCCGCGGCAACAACAGCAGAGGCAACCACAGUCGCGGCAACAACAGCAGAGGCAACUACAGCCGCGACAACAACAGCAGAGGCAACGACAGUCGCGGCAACAACAGCAGAGACAACGACAGCCGCGGCAACAACAGCAGAGGCAACUACAGCCGCGACAACAUCAGCAGAGGCAACGACAGUCGCGGCAACAACAGCAGAGGCAACUACAGCCGCGGCAACAACAGCAGAGGCAUCGACAGUAGAGGCCACAACAGCAGAGGCAACCACAGUCGCAGCCACAACGUCAGAGGCAACCACAGCCGCGGCCACAACAGCAGAGGCAACCACAGUAGCGGCAACAACAUCAGAGGCAACCACAGUCGCAGCCACAACGUCAGAGGCAACCACAGCCGCGGCCACAGCAGCAGAGACAACCACAGUAGCGGCAACAACAUCAGAGGCAACAACAGCAGAAGCAACUACAGCCGCAACCACAACACAAGAACCAACCACGACAGAAGCAACCACGGUUGCCGCCACAACAGCAGAGGCAACGACAGCAGAGGCAACAACAGCAGAGGCAACCACAGUCGCGGCAACAACAGCAGAGGCAACCACAGCAGAAGCAACCACGGUUGCCGCCACAACAGCAGAGGCAACCACAGCAGAGGCAACAACAGCAGAGGCAACAACAGCCGCAACCACAACACCAGAGGCAACAACAGCAGAAGCAACCACAGCCGCGGUCACAACAGCAGAGGCAACCACAGCAGCGGCAACAACAGCAGAGGCAACCACAGUAGCGGCAACAACAUCAGAGGCAACCACAGUAGCGGCAACAACAGCAGAGGCAACCACAGUAGCGGCAACAACAGUCGCGGCAACAACAGCAGAAGCAACUACAGCCGCAACUACAACACAAGAAGCAACCACGACAGAAGCAACCACGGUCGCCGCCACAACAGCAGAGGCAACGACAGCAGAGGCAACAACAGCAGAGGCAACCACAGUCGCGGCAACAACAGCAGAGGCAACCACACCAGAAGCAACUACGGUUGCCGCAACAACAGCCGCAGCAACAACAACAGAGGUUACAACAGCAGAGGCAACAACAGCUGCAGCAACAACAACAGAGGUUACAACAGCAGAGGCAACCACAGUAGCGACCACAACACCAGAGGCAACUACAGCUGCGGCCACAACAGCAGAGGCAACAACGGUAGCGGCAACAGCAGAAGCAACGACGGUCCCAGGCUCCACAGCAGAGGCAACCACGGCCGCUUCCACAACAGCAGAGACCACCACGGCCGCGGUCACAACAGCAGAGGCCACCACAGCUGCUGCCACAACAGUAGAGGCCACCACGGCCGCAGUCACAACAACAGAGGCCACCACGGCCGCUGCCACAACAAUAGAGGCUACCACGGCCGCAGUCACAACAGCAGAGGCCACCACAGCUGCUGCCACAACAGUAGAGGCCACCACGGUCGCAACCACAACAGCAGAGGCCACCACAGCUGCUGCCACAACAUUAGAUGCCACCACGGCCGCUGCCACAACAGCAGAGGCAACCACAGCCGCGGUCACAACAGCAGAGGCAACCACGGCCGUUGCCACGACAGCAGAGGCCACUACAGCCGCGGUCACAACAGCAGAGGCAACCACGGCCGCUGCCACAACAGCAGAGACCACCACGGCCACGGUCACAACAGCAGAGGCCACCACAGCUGCUGCCACAACAGUAGAGGCCACCACGGCCGCAGUCACAACAACAGAGGCCACCACGGCCGCUGCCACAACAAUAGAGGCUACCACGGCCGCGGUCACAACAGCAGAGGCCACCACAGCUGCUGCCACAACAGUAGAGGCCACCACGGUCGCAACCACAACAGCAGAGGCCACCACAGCUGCUGCCACAACAUUAGAUGCCACCACGGCCGCUGCCAAAACAGCAGAGGCAACCACAGCCGCGGUCACAACAGCAGAGGCAACCACGGCCGUUGCCACGACAGCAGAGGCCACUACAGCCGCGGUCACAACAGCAGAGGCAACCACGGCCUCUGCCACAACGGUAGCGACCACCACGGCCGCUGCCACAACAGCAGAGGCAACCACGGCCGUUGCCACAACGGCAGAGGCAACCACGGCCGCGGUCACAACAGUAGAGGCAACCACGGCCGCUGCCACAACAGCAGAGGCAACCACGGCCGCUGCUACAACAGUAGAGGCAACCACGGCCGCUGCCACAACAGCAGAGGCAACCACGGCCGCUGCCACAACAGCAGAGGCAACCACAGCCGCUGCUACAACAGCAGAGGCAACCACGGCCGCUGCUACAACAGUAGAGGCAACCACGGCCGCUACCACAACAGCAGAGGCAACCACAGCCGCUGCUACAACAGUAGAGGCAACCACAGUCGCUGUUACAACAGUAGAGGCAACCACGUCCUCUGCCACAACAGUAGAGGCAACCACGGCCGCUACCACAACAGCAGAGGCAACCACAGCCGCUGCUACAACAGUAGAGGCAACCACAGCCGCUGCUACAACAGCAGUGGCCACCACGGCUGCUGCCACAACAGCAGAGGCAACCACGGCCGCUGCCACAACAGCAGCAGUCACUACUACAGCAGCAGUCACUACUACAGAAGCAGUCACUACUACAGCAGCAGUCACUACUACAGAAGCAGUCACUACUACAGCAGCAGUCACUACUACAGAAGCAGUCACUACUACAGAAGCAGUCACUACUACAGCAGCUCCGACAACAACAGUUCCUCCUGUAGACACCAACACUCAGAGGGCCACGGUUAUAUCAUUCACCUUCCAGAUCGUGAUUACUGUAAACCUAACCGUCACCACCUCGGCCGACUUCAUAGCUCUGGAGGCGAUGGUUUUAAAUCAGCUGAUACAGAAAUAUACCGCUGUUCCUGGCUUCAUACGCGUCAGAAUCAUACAGAUGUUAUUGGGAAGUCUGAUUGUCAAACACGAAGUUGUCACCGACAAGACAGAGGCAGCAGCAACCGGUUUAUCGAACGUUGUUUCGGAUGUCGGAAAUCAAAGGGUCGAUUUCCAGCUGAAUAACCAGACUGUCCCUGCGUCCACCGUCACCGUCUUCCAGCCUGGCUCGUCAGAUCUCAUCAUAACAGCGUCGACUGACAAGUGCACGGUGUUCGCAAGAACAUACACGUGUCCAUCUGGUUACCUGUGUCAGACGGUCAACGGCAACGCCCAGUGUGUACUAUCGGAGACAUCUGACGGAUUUGACCUUGUUGUUGGCCUUGGAGUAGGGAUACCUGUCGCUUUCCUUGCAUUGCUAGUUGUUGUGAUUGUAUGUAUAUACGCCAAACGGUCUGGUCGUAGAGAGAGCAAAGAUCUGGAAAGCCUAGACAGAACUCUCGGUGGGGGUAUGCACUACCCAUCUGGAAUCGCACCCAAGUUCAACACCUGGGGACGCCCCGCCUACUACCACCCUGGGGGCUGGCACGACCCAGACUCCGAUUCUGAAUCCUCCGACCAUAAAAAACACAGUAAGCGAGAGGCGGAUUUAUACCAGGGCCGAGAUUUUUAUGCUUACGACAAUCCGGAUACGUCCAAUUUCUCCUGGGAUUUUAUGUACCAGUAUGUAGACCCUAAACAAAAAUAUAAAAUACAGAGACCUAAUACAGAGUUAUCGCCUAAUCCUGUUUAUGUGAAGAAAUAAAGAGGACAUGUAAAAGUUGACGAAGAAGCUUGCCAGAAAACAAUGAGAAUUACACAACGAAUCUUAAUUCGUUUGUCUGAUAACUCCGCCAUAUGUACAGUGAAUCCAGUGAGUUGGAGAAUCGUAAACCAGAGACUGACACAUUUCGUGACAGAAAGAUUACAUUGUGCUAAACAAGGGGAACCUUUCCAAGUUAAAAUGUGAUACCUGAUGUGAAAGCGUACUCCUUGUACUUUCGUCCUAGAGCCACCGGGUUUGUCUUCCCGUCCAGAAGAAUAUUAUAUUCUAUCACGGACAUGGAACUUUAUGCAUUAUAGACUGAACAUUGUUAAAUUAGAAUAAUGUCUCGUGAAGAGAAAAAUACUCUUCCGAUAGUAUAGAAGGCAAACUUCCAACAUACCUUUACAGUGACUGUGAAAUGUGUUCAUUUGAUACCUGAUAUCAACCUCUGAUUGGAGCGUCAGUCUUCAAUGAUGAUAUCAAUGUCUGAUUGGAGAGUCAGUCUUCAAUGAUGAUAUCAACCUCUGAUGGGAGUCAGUCUUCGACAGUACGCCAAUAUUACGUCGUCAGCAUUUCCUCAUUGUCCAUUGUUUUCCGUUUCGUGUAUUUCAUCAUGCAUAUGUAGCACGUUGGUGUUUUCAGAUAUUUAUCAUAAGUUUUUUUUUAAAUCAUUUGGAUAAACCAUCACAUAUAAUUCAUUUUAGGUAUAAAUGGCAUUUUCAGCUAUUAUCGUGUAUCAUAUUUAAUGUAAAGCAGAAUCAAAUCGACUCUAGUUUUAACGCCGCCAAUCAAAAUCAUUAUGUGAUUAAACCAACAUUGUUAACUAAGUGGUCAACAGGCCAGUACGAGUAGGUAUAUACACUAUAUUUAUAUAUAUAUAAUAUUACAGGGGAUAGAACAGUUUUACUGAUAUCGUGAUUGACAGAUGUGUGUAAGAGAGAUAUGUCUUAAACGUGUUAUAAUCAUGUUAACCUCAUUAUUUUUAAGUAAAACAUAAUCACAUUUCACUGAUAAAGCAUUUCCUGGACACUUUUGUGUCCUCAGUCAUUAUACACAUCUAAGGAUGUUAUUAAUUACAUAGCGUUAGUCAUUACAGAGUGAGAAAUCCUUUCCUACCAGUGUAGGAAUUCUCUGGAGGUUUACCUGGAGUUGUGUGUAGUCCGAUACAGUGUGUUUAUAUGUCUAUGUUUGUGAGAUGGGAUAGUUAUAUAUUUUUUUUAUUGUAAGCCAUUUAUAUUCUAUGAAUAGUGACAUGCUUACUGUUAUGGCAAAGGAGACUCCGAAAAGACUUUCAGUUUCCCCGAUUGUUGAUCUGCCGGAUCAAAAUUUACAAAAUAAUUCAAUGUUUACCUUUGUCCAUAUAUUGUUAACAGGUCACUGAUGAUUGGAUAACAACUUAAAAUAUAUACCAGGAAACUUGAGUGAUUUAUGUAUCUGAACGUGUAAAUGCUGAUAGUGUAUGUGACGAAAUUGCUAUUGUUAUGUAAGUGGUGUACAUUGAUUAAAGUGUAAAUGGAUGAAGUGUAAAUGAUCCGGGUGUCGUGAAACCAAGUAUGAAGUGUGUUGAAAUAUGAAAUCUUCUUAAGGAGAAACUGAGCAAAAAUGGAUAUUUUUUAUACAUAUAUAUUUUAUAUCUAAUUAUGUUUUAUUAAAGACAUAACAUAUUUUGAAAUAAAAA